GGAUGUGCAGUAGUGUUGCGACCGAACGUAACGUACAUUGGCAUUGCCGUAAUAAACGUCGCGUUCUCUGUUCGUGUGCCAGUUCUUUGGAGAUUUCCAUUCGGCGGUGCGCGGGUUGGAGAUGACGAGCGCGUCUUCGGCAUCCGGAACCUCCACCGACGCCGUGCGCCGAACCCGCGCCGUGGCGUUCGGAAGGAACUACUUUCAUGCCGUCGGUGGAACCCAAAAAGAAGUCGAUAUCGACGAGGAAGGCAGUGCCGUUGAGCUCUAUCAGUGGGAACAACCUCCCUGGAAUGGCGAAAAUAUAGAUGAUCAACGAAUAACACAAGUAGCCUGCUCUUCGCAAUCUACACUCUUCUUAACGGCCACUGGCAAGGUCUACCAAACCGGGACACUGCACGGAGUCGUGUACAAAACUCCCGUCCCAGUGACGAUUCCGAUUCCCCGCAAAUGCGUAGAAAUUGCGGCGGGGCGACACUUUUGUUUGGGUCGUAUGGAAGGCGGACUCGCGGUGGUCAGUUGGGGCGCUGGCCAUUUUGGACAGCUCGGACUCGGUCACGCGGAAGGCAACAGCCAGAUUACCUUUACUCCGUACCCGAUUGUCAUGCAACGCUUACUCCCGCGGGUAAUCGGUAGCCCCGUCCUCCAAGUUGCCUGCGGGAGUUGGCACGGUCUAGCCCUCUCCGCCUCGGGUCGCGUCUGGGCGUGGGGUUCCAACCGAACCCAGCAAUGCGGGCGCAAACCAACGCUCACUGCCGGAUCCAAUCACGCACCCACCGUUCUGGUGCCACUACCGGUACCACUCGAAGUCAUGGCGACACAAAUCGCCGCGGGUCGGUCGCAUUCCGUGGCCAUUGCCCGAGAUCAAGUCUACUGCUGGGGAAGUACCGCGCACGGUCAGUGUGGCAACUCCGCCCGCCGCGGUGGAGUCACCGCUCCACGUCUCGUUGAAGGACUCGCCAAUCUGACGGUAGAACACGUUGCUGCCAACGGCAAUCAUACCUUGGCGCUGACGAACGGAGGGCGCGUCUUUGCGUGGGGGUCCAACGCGGAAGGACAGCUGGGAACGGGCCCGGCGUGUGCGGCGCAACCCAAACCCCGCCACGUUGGUGACGUUGAUUUUGUGGCCAUUGAAGCAGGGAAAGAAUGGAAGGCCAACAAGUUUGCGGAGGUGUCGGCGAGCGCGCUUUCCAGCGUGCCACGGAUUGCCUCCGUAUACGCUGGGGCGUCUUACUCGGCCGCUGUGAGUACGUCGGGACACGUCUACACGUGGGGAUCGAACGAUGUGGGACAAGCCGGUCUAGCAACACCGCUGCACGUUCCCAUGAAGGAGAAUCCCAUUCACGUGGCUACCGCAAAAACGUCGACAAUUCGCGAUUUGAAUGUGGCCACGUUUGAUUCCCGACACGACGUCCUGUUACCACAAAGGGUGGAUGCCGCACGGAACUUGUUCGUGCGAAAUGUGGCCUGCGGACCGAAUCACAUGUGGUGUAUAGGAGAAGAACGAACAACUUUCGAAACCGAAAUGAUGGUGGGCACUACGCUAUACAAAGCCCAAGAAGAGCGACGGAAACGCAGUCUCCAACGAGCGCGUAACGCCCUACAGGGAAGGUCAUCGCCGAUUCACUACGCUACAAUGGGAGAAGACGAUACAAAAAUGGCGACAGUCACGGAAGACAAAACUCUCACCUUCAUAUGUAGCGAAAUGGCUGCAUUGCCCGUGGAAAAUUUGACUCUACUUUCGGAAAGCGCAAAUGUGGUUGACCCGCCUCUGCCAAAAGCGACUCUCGGUGAUGGAAAAAUGGAUGCUCUAGUGGUGAAGGACGCUGUCAACGCAUCAACAAGUACCAUUACAACAACACCAGCCGAGACGUUUUCGCCGAAAAAUGCCAUUGCUGAAAUCUCAGCAAGCAAUGCUCCCAAGGAAGAACAAACAAAUGGCAUGGCAGCCGCCCAACUACCGACGCGACGGCCCAACAUGAUGAAACGGCUCUCGUGGCACGUCCGCAAAAAGCUAGGAGGCAACUCUCGCAAAUCGCUCCAUGGUUUCUGAAAGAGGAACAGUGCUUUGGUGUAGUCAUUCUACCCGUGCUGCUCAAGUCUUCUAGCCAAUUGUUGACAACGGGAGGCUAAGCCUUUAUUAUAAUUUUGCAUCAAUGCUAU